AUGCCGCCAAAGUUUGAUGACAAAUAUCCACGUCGUGUCCUUGAUCUAGCCAGCCAACACUUGCGCCUUUGCUCUCAGAUUCCCCUAAUUAAUUUUUCUCGUGUAAGUAACGACCCCCAGAGUCCUCUGGGUCGUUUCUGCUUUGUGGGUGCUUCUUAUGGCCAUCUCAUCUUCUCCAGCAACAGGUCAUGUCUCAUUGUUGAUGCGUUUACAGGUGUUAGUGUUUCACCGCCACAGCUACCGGGUGACAAAUACACCGUGGUCUACUACGGUGCCCUCACGGCUCCCCUAUGGUCACCCAACUCACAUCUCCUUGUCACCAAUGGAUCCCACAGUUUCUUCUGGUGUGUUGCUGGUCAUUCUUGGUUGAGGCCUUGUCCUUGCGAUGGAACGGUCAAGCAGAUCGUGACCUUCAGAGGCCAGAUCUUUGGGAUGGACUCUGAUGGCAUGCUCUUUGCCGUGCAUUUGGUACCUCAGAUCUGCAUACAAAAAAUGAUAGUAAGUUGGGAGGAAAUCAUGUCCACCAUACGGCAUCUUGCCAAUGUAUGCCUGGUGGCGUGUGGGGAUAUGCUUCUCAUGGUCGGUUGUCGGGGAUCAUUUCCAGCGAGAGGGAAUACCUUUGAAGCCUUCCGCCUCGACCAGUCAACUGGGCAUCCAAAGUGGGUACAGGUGGAGGAAUUGGGGAAUUGGGCGAUCUUCAUCAGCACCGACAAAAGAGGCCAGCCAUUAUCUUUCAUGAACCCGAAGAGGUGGGGAGGAAAGAGCAACCGAGUAUACUGCUAUUCCCAUGAUUCUGAACAUUGGGCUGCAUUUGAGCUGGGCAAGCCCGCCUCCGAUCCAGACAACUUUGUUUCAAUGAGCCAAGGCAGCAUGGUGCAGCCUAUGUGGGUUGUCCCCAGCAUGUUCUCUCGGUGUCUUUGA